ACAAUCCAGCCCCGAUUCAAACUUAAGGCUUUGCCGGAGUCGUGAAGAUCGCCAUGAAAAACGGCACAUAGUCCCUAUGACUAGGAACAAUUUGCAGUCUCACCUCAAAUGGUUGCUUGGUCAGGGCCCUGCACUCUACCAGUCUUUAACGCCUGCUGCUGGCGACAGUCACGACCCCACGAGCGGUCAGAGCCGUACUGAUACGCGACCGCCCCCGACGAUCAAUGCGGCGAAUGAUGAGAUCAGGGAUAUUACGAUUGGGGACUCGCAACCGCUGCUUGACCAUAAUGCUGGAAAGCGGGAGGAUUUAACACCUGAUGACGAUAUGGCGCGACUGAUGUUUGCUCCGCAAUCUGCGAGCAAACCUCGUAUGCUCAGCCGUGCUAAGGGUUCUGUUUCCAGCCCGCCGAGUGUCUCGAAUGGCUCUGGGACUGUCGAAACACCAAGAGCUCGGAAAGAGGCAUUGCCGAAAAGUAAUGUCACAGAACAACGUGAUACGGCUUCUUCCUUCCGCUAUAGUAACAGGCCCGCUGCAACGCCCAUCAAGUCGAAUGAUACGCUCGAUCUAACCUCGCCACUGUUGGCAAUCGACACUAUUGAUUUGACCGGCGAUUGCGAUCGCGCUGGGGUUCCCGCGCCUGCGGGAGACGAGUUCGGCGAGCCUCGUCGGUUGUGGACUGAAGGGGCGGCUUUCCGCAAAGCUCCUGCUGAUAUACGAGGAAAGAAGCGAAAGAGUGACGAGUACACUUCAGAUCUCUCUCCCCAGAAGAAUGUCUUAAGGAUUCGCUCGCCUGGGAUGAACGAGAGGCAGGCUUCUCCCAGUCGGUCAGAGGCGGUGCACAAGACGCGUGCAACUCCCCUGCGAUCAACGGAACACCCCACUAGUAACCGAUCAAACGCCUCUCGGCCCCGAAGCCACGCCAGCAAAGUUAUUGCCGACUCCGACGAUGAAGAAGACGAUACCCUAUUCGACGAGCUGGUCAAAAGUGACGAUGAGAUUAUGCAGGAGCCGGAACAGCCGCUGUAUCCAAUCCUCCCGAAGGAUGAUCCUUUGGACGAACCAGAGAAUGAGAGUAGGCCCUUGAAAAAGGAAAACAGAAACCACUCCAUACCGGACGUGGCUCGCGCUGCUUCGAGUGUCUCUCAGAGGUCAGCGUUCGAUGAAAGACAACCGUCCGUUGGCUCCCUUCCACCCUCCACGUCACCAGAAUCAAGACCAAGAGACGAGGAUGUUGCACGGUUUUUAAAGCUUCCGCUGGGGUUGCUUGAGCAGCGGAUUGCAAACCUCAAGAACACGCUUACAAGCAACUCGGAGAUCGUUUACCAGCAAGCAAUGAAGGGUGAACUAACCCCAGAACUGAUUUCUGAGAAUAAGGUUCUCACAGAUCGAAUCGAUGCAAUUGAAUCGCUGAAGAAGCAGAGGGUAGCUUACCAUGCUAGCGAAUCCAAGAGGGAGCAGCUGAAAGGGGUUCUGAUGCGGGUGAUCUCUCAAGGUGGCGACCCUCGUUCAUUGCCAGACGAGCUCGCAAAGAAUAGAAAAGCUACAGCGCAGUUGGACGAGCUUGAAGCGGAUCUGAAACGCCUAAUCAUGUCUGCCGACCUAUUCUCACCCACGGGUUUGCCGAACAUGAACACGCUGGAAAGUGGUUUCACUCAAUCUUCUCUACCUUCGCCUCGGGCUUCUUUUCCGGGGUCUUCAUACGCAGAUAACGACAGGCGACCUAGGAACGAGCCCUUGGCUUAUGAAUCAAUCCGCAGGAGUCCUGAAAAAUCAAAACCAAGCCACAGUGUCUCUCGCACAUCCGUUCCUGAACUCUCCUUUCAGUCUUCGUCUAUAAAACCCAGGGAAACACCAAAAUCCAACCUAUUUAAUUAUGAUGAUGUUAUGGCGACCGAUGACGGCUUUGAUGACGAUGCAUUCACCAGGACCAUGGGGUCGCCUGCCAUGGCACCCCAGCCUAUGGAUGAGUUCGACUUGAGUGCCGACGACGAUGACAUGCUGGAAGCUGUAAAUUACAUCCAAGAUGAUAUACCAGCGACCGAUCUGGAGAUGCAAGAUCGAAAAGUUUUCACCGAAACCUCGGGGAACGCCGCACGCUUACCCUCAACGCAAAAAUCUCAAAGCCACAAUGCCCUUUGGCAUCAACACCCUUGGUCAAAGGAGGUGAGAACCGUCCUUAAGGAUCGCUUUCACCUUCGCGGUUUUCGAAUGAAUCAGCUUGAAGCCAUUGAUGCAACACUGAGCGGGAAGGACACAUUCGUCUUGAUGCCGACAGGUGGAGGGAAGUCUUUGUGCUAUCAGCUUCCUUCCAUUGUGACUACCGGAUCUACUCAAGGAAUGACGAUUGUGAUAUCACCGUUGCUCAGUUUGAUGCAAGAUCAAGUUUAUCAUCUACGUAAACUUGACAUUAAAGCAUUCUUAUUGAACGGAGAAACACCGAAAGAAGAGCGACAGGAGAUAAUGAGCACGUUGGCAGGUUACCGGACGGGGGAGCCAAUUGAGUUAUUAUACAUCACCCCAGAAAUGGUAAACAAGAACCAAGCUCUUAUCCGGAACCUGCAGAAACUCAAUGACUCCCGCCAGCUGGCUCGCAUUGUCAUUGACGAGGCUCAUUGUGUCAGUCAGUGGGGACAUGACUUUCGUCCUGAUUACAAAGAACUGGGCGGACUCAGGUCUCAGCUACCAAAUGUUCCGAUGAUGGCAUUGACCGCUACUGCGACGGAGAAUGUAAAGGUCGAUGUCAUCCAUAAUCUCAAGAUGGAGGGCUGUCAAAUCUUCUCCCAGAGCUUUAACAGGCCAAACCUCUUCUAUGACGUGCGGCCUAAAAAGAAGGGCGCCGAGCUCCUGACGAGCAUUGCCAAUACAAUCAUGUCGAGUUAUCGGAACAAAUCUGGUAUUGUUUAUUGCCUUUCGCGCGAUUCUUGCGAGAAGGUUGCAAGCCAGCUCAAGCAGGACUAUGGCAUCAAGGCCGAACAUUACCAUGCGGGCCUGAAGCCCGACCAGCGAGCCAAUGUACAGCAACGCUGGCAAUCCGGACAAUCCCACGUCAUUGUUGCGACCAUUGCUUUUGGCAUGGGUAUCGACAAGCCUGAUGUUCGCUUCGUGAUCCAUCAUAGCCUUCCCAAGAGCCUGGAAGGGUACUAUCAAGAAACAGGACGUGCUGGUAGGGAUGGCAAACGCUCCGGCUGCUAUCUGUACUACUGCUACAAGGAUACAAUGACCCUUACCCGCAUGAUCGACAACGGUGACGGCAGCAAGCAACAGAAGAACAGACAGCGCCAGAUGCUACACAAUGUGGUCCAAUUUUGUGAGAACAAAAGCGACUGCCGGAGAGUGCAAAUUCUGGCCUACUUCAACGAAUACUUCCGUCGCGAAGACUGCAACUCUGCCUGUGACAAUUGCAAAUCAGAUUCCGUCUUUGAGCUGCACGACUUUUCCCACCUCGCCGCUUCUGUGAUCAAGGUCGUGCGUUAUUUCCAGGACAUAGAUGACAGAGUGACUUUGUCAUACUGCGUGAAUAUGUUCCGAGGGAGUGUCAAGAAGUUUAGGUCUCCUAACCACAGACAGGCAACCGGCUACGGCGAUGGGUCUUCCUUGGAACUAGGAGAGGCCGAACGUCUGUUCCACCGACUGCUCAGCGAAGGUGCGCUAUACGAAGAAAAUGUGGUCAACGGCAGUCGAUUUGCUGUUCAGUAUAUCAAGGUCGGGCGGCGCUGUGCGGAGUUCGAAAGCGGCAGACGCAAGCUUGAACUCCAUGUCCGGGUUUCGCCGAAUGGGAAGGCUCAGAAACCUCGAGCUACGUCAAAGAAGGAGUACCAUCCGCAGUCUACAAACGUGUCUUCGCCUGUGCAAGCGGCAAAUAAACGCCGUUUGGCCCGUUACCGGUACGAUGAAGCUCAGGGCGCCUCCGAUAGUGAACGGGACAGUGAUGGGUUUGAGAGAAUCCGAGUCGCGGGGAAACAACGGCGAGAGAAGAAGCGGUCGCCUGGUCCGCCAAUCACCCAGGAUGUCCGAUUUGAUCGACUUGAUCCUCUUCACAAGGCGGUUGCGGAAGACUUCAUGGUUUACGCCAAGAAUUACUGUCAAGAGCUGAUGAUCAACAAGGGUCUGCGGAACCAGCCUUUUACGGAUACGGUGUUGCGUGAAAUGGUUAUUGUUUUCCCUAGAGACUUCGCGGAACUAGGUACUAUCCCGGGCAUCGAUACAGACAAGGUGAAUCGGUACGGAGGUCAAAUUUUGAAACUUGUGCGAGACACACAGCGUCGUUAUGCGGAACUUAAAAAGGAACGCGAUGAUGUUGAGGGCGUCGUCCCUGAUCCCAAUCAUCACAACGUCAUCAACCUCACGAGCAGCGAAGAAUUCAGCGACGGUGGUAUCUUCGACGACCAAGCAUCGACCUUCGAACUGGACGAGGACAACACCAUUGCUAGUCGAUACUUCUCCACCCAGGCUGUCGACGACGACGACAGUGACGAUUAUGGCGACUCUCGUCGACCGACUUCCAGGGCUAGCAGUUCCAAAUCCAGACCGCGCCAAGGUGGUAAGCGUUCGCGGCGCAAGUAUACCGGUGAUUCGAAACCCCGGACCAAGACCUCCCGGUCUAAAGGAAGCAGUAGCGGUCGUGCUAGCGGCCGCGCUUCUGGCUCUCGGAAGGCCCCCAAGGCGAAAGAGACCACGAGCAAAAUAGGAAUGAUGCCUAUAUGAUGGUUGUUUAUGUUUGUCCAAUGUCGAUGGAGUUAAUGUUAUAUCCCAAGCCUGUUUGUUGCUUUGAAUGGUCGGUUGCAUAUAUAGGCGUUUGUUCGUUUCUGUCACGGUUUUUUUUAUGACUCUUUUUUGGCGGGCGAAGCGGAUGUGUUGUUUCGUUACUGGACUACUGCGCUCGAGAUUGGUGGUCUGGCAGGCAUACCAAGUAUAAAUGCGAACUGCACGGCGUCUUACGCCUAGAGGUGUUUCCUGUGGCAUAAUUUACACUGGCAUGAUUAAUCCCAUAACAACGU